AUGAUCAACUCCUUAGAGAUUCACCACCCCAUGACCUCUCUCAGAGGUGGCUGCAAACAGGGCGGUGACACCGGCUCAGGUAUGGCAGACCUCAGCACAACCUGGGAGCGUGAGUUGCUGGAGCAAUUCUCAUACCUGACUGCCGCCACAGACGAGGAGCUCCAUUUGAAUACAGCAGAUAUCACUUCUGAAAGCAGCGACAACACAACGGGCUUAUUGCAUUUAAGUGAUGAAGUUCUCCUGGUUAUUCUGAGGAACUUGGACCCGGUGUCGCUGCUGAGGCUCGGCGGCACGUGCAGCUUGUUAUUCCGAGUUUGUUCGUGUAACUCUCUGUGGACCACACACUUUCAGGAUUCGUUUGGGGCCAGUCUGUCAUAUACCCAUGCCCGGUGUCCCGUAACUGCCAAAACUGCCUUCCGCUUGGUUUUUAUGUGGAGAUCCCUCUUCAGAAACAUCCACUGUAACCAUGCGUUUCAGGAGAAGCUCUUUGUGGAGAUCCCGCUCGCGCCGCACAAGUACUGGAUCCAGUGGCUCAUGCUGGAGGAAAGCGUUCCCUUGCCUUCAGUGAGGCUUCCCUGCAGCGAUGUGGAGAAACUUUGGGGAAUUACUGCAGAUUUGUUUCAGGACAAACUCCAAGAGGAAACUGAAGAUUGUGACACCCUUAAGUUUGAAUGGAGGGAGCUGUAUCAUCUUGCACUGAAGCAUCAUGGUAGUGUCUCACUGGUCUUCCAGCAUGUUCUCAGCCAGCACCAAAACAGUGAGCACACAGAGCUGGAGUCCAUGUACCAUCAAUAUGUCCAGUGCAGGUUCCAGUGGCUCUUCACAUAUUGGUUGUUUCGCCAGCUGGCUCCAUACAACAAGCAGCUGCGAUCUAUUUUCCUGCAGUGGAAGAAGCACAGCAAGAGGAAGGUGGCCACCUGGGGAGAAACCCUGUGUGAUGUGAGGUACCUGGCCUCGCUGCACCCUAUAACCAAAGACUACUGGAGAGGCCAACUGGCCCGGGGAGAUGAGAGCCUCGGGAUUCAGACUGUCGGAAACUACUUCUGCAUGUGCAAGUCUCUCGUGGCCUGGAUCUUGGGACGUGACUGGGGCCGACUGAAGCGACGAAAGGUUUAUGAAGACACACUGGAGGGUGUGUAUCUUCUGCUGAGACGGGAGAUGCAGGAGACGCUCAUCGAGCACGAGCGCUUCUGGCAGGUGGCCAAAGUCCAGAUGACCCGUGUCUGUAUGCUUGAGGAGACGGCUGCAAAUUAUGUCAACUGGAAAAUGAUUGAGACGCUCCCUUACUACAAGCUGUAUCUAGUGUCUGGUAAUUCGGUGUACCUGGAUCAUGUGCAAGGUUUCCUGCGUAGAAAGAGGCUGAUCCGGGAUUGGAUUUACCUGGAGGAGAACAGCUGGGCGAGACAGUUGCUGCCUGCGGCCCUGAAUCGCUUACCCACUGCUGGAGUUUUGGACACAAGAUUUCUCAACACUAGUUUACACGGGGACUGUCUGAUGGCGCAGCUCAGUCGCCUCAUGUGGCUGUACCUGAAUUCUGGGCAGGAGCUCUAUCUGGAGGCGCUGAAGGGAAUGGUUCUGCAGUGUGCUCAGGCCUGUCUCAACCAUCUCAACGCUCUUCAGGCCAGUCAAGUGCCUGUGGCCUAGACCUCAUACAUUCGGCCAAACCUUUGGUGUUUUAACUGACUUUUUAUAACAUGCCUAAGAUUUUUUUUUUUUUAUGUUUGUUUUUCUGUAUUUUUAAACUUUUUACAUUUUUAUUUUUUUUUUUUUUUUUUAUUUUUUUUUUUUUACAACUUGUUGAAGUUGUUUGUCUUCAGGUUUUAGUGCACAAUCAUUCAUUCUCAAUUUAUGUCUGAGUAAAUGCAGUGCACAUACAAUGAUAAUUGUUUUAAAUUUUUGUAUUGGUUUUAGCAGGCCAAAUGAUCAGUCUCCAUUUGAGAUGCUUUUAUUGUAACACUCAUGUGACUUUUUACUUGGAUUAAUCUUUCCGUGGUAGACUGCAGGGUUGCUGACUUAUUAAAGCACCUUUACACUCCA